GUUUUAAACCAUUAAGACCUUCUGCUUUUUCCUCUGACGUGCAGAUAGCUUUGCUGGAGCCACUGCUUUGCAAACUGAUUUUCUGGCAUUUUGACCAUGUCACCCAUCAAUUCCUGGGAGAGCAGGUGGGCGUAGCUGAGGUGCUGUCAAACUCUGAUAUCUGGCUGCUGAGGAUUGAUUUCACACUGGAGUUCCCACGUCCUGUCAUGCCAAAUGUAAUACUCGUUGGUGGUAUCAACUGCAACGUGAGAGCUCCUCUUCCUGAGGAUUUGGAGACCUGGGUGUCAGGAGAGCACGGGUUCAUAGUGUUCACUUUGGGCACCAUGGUGUCAGAUCUGCCAGAAGAAACCACCUCCAUCUUCCUGGAGGCCUUCGGACAGAUACCACAGAAAGUGAUAUGGAGAUACACUGGUCACCUUCCUGACAAUGUCCCAGAAAACGUGAAGAUUAUGAAAUGGGUCCCUCAGAAUGACCUACUAGCACAUUCUGGAGCCCGGGCUUUCAUCACUCAUGCUGGCUCCAAUGGACUUUUUGAGGGACUCUGUCAUGGUGUUCCCAUGGUGAUGCUGCCAUUAUUUGGGGACCAGCCCGAUAAUGCGGAGAAGAUGGCGAAAAGGGGAGCAGGAGUUGUGUUGGAUAUUACUUGUAUCACUACAGAAAGCCUUCUUCAAGGAUUGAAUGAGGUCAUAUAUGAUGUCAGGUAUAAAGAAAACAUGCAGAAGCUGUCAGCUCUGCAUAAAGACCAGCCAAUUCGGCCACUGGACCUUGCUGUAUACUGGACAGAAUAUGUGAUGCGGCACAAAGGGGCAAAACAUCUCAAGUCAGCUGUCCAUGAGCUAAACUGGAUCCAGUAUUUCUGCCUGGACGUGAUAGCGACACUAGUAACCAUAGUUUUAGUUUUUGGAAUACUUACAAUAAAAUGCAUGAAAAUGUGUUUCCGGAAACUAAGCAGGAAAAACAAACAGGAUUAGCAGGGUUCUAUAACUCAGUAACAAUUUGUUGUUGAAUGUCUGGUAGGGCUUAAGAAGAAUAACUGAACAAGAUUCAGUGGCCAAAAAGACAUUUAAUAAAGAAAUAUACAUAAUAUUAUCACACUACAUUAUGGUCUGGCUUUGUGGGACAACUUUAAGAAUUAAUGGCCACCCUUCUUUGGUGGGAACAUAGUGUAUUCUACAGCCAGAGCGACAGCAAAGGCAGCAAAUCCCCACUUGAAUCCUCUGAACAGCACAUCUGACAGAGUCACAGCACGAGCAAACCCGCCCGAGUAUCUCCAUGCCUCAUUACUGCAGAGAGAGGGAGAGGAAACAGAAGGACAGGGAGCAGUGUCAGGAGCCAUACUGGAGACAAAACAAUCACGACAGUACCUCAUGUGGGCAAAAAUACUAACCGUAACCACGGGUCCUUGAGACCCCUGUUUGCAAGUCUCUGCUUCGUGAAUUCCAGCGGUGUUCCCUCCACUUUCCACUGACGCCAGUCUGGCAACGGCAUCUUGUUGUGGCCGUGGUCACCUCCCAUACUGCAAAAAAUAUACAUAUCCAACUUGUUAGUAGUUUGUGUGAGCAGUGAAUCUGAAAGCUAGUCAAUAAAAACAGAUCUGACUUAUAAAA